AGCCGCCAUUUUGCGCUGGAGAGACUGAGAAGAAUUUCGGAAUUUGUCGUGUAAAUUUUCUGUUUUUUCUUACAUCAUUUUAUCAUAAACUAUACCAUUCCGUGCAUUUUAAAGUGUUAAGUGAAAUCGUGUUGUUGGAUCGCUAAAAUAAGUUCUAUAAAGUGGCAAAAAUCUGGUGAUAUUGUUUUCAUUCAUUGUGCUAGUUCCGACGGAAGAUGGUGAGAGGGUCUGUGUAGCUCUUCGAUUCGGAGCUUUGUAAUGGCGAAUACUUAGUGAGAAUUUGUAAUAUGUGCCUUCAAUGGUGCGAAGGACAUCGAACGAUCGGGAUGUGGGUGAAUUACAUUAUAAUGGAUGACAAAUCGCUUUAAAAUGUUAUUUCUUGAUAAUAUAAGACAUAAAAGUGUUCUUUGAAUCGGCGGGCCGAAUAUUGACGACGGCUUACGUUUAGUAAACAGAGCCAUGGCCGAUCAUCAUGUGGAUGAACCGCCGAACAAGCGGGCUAAAAUGAUCCGGGACCCUUUUCAGGGUCCCUCGGACGCCGCAGAUGGGUUUUCUAACCUUGAUAUGUUCGACCUCGAGAACAACCUCCCAGACGAGCUCAUGGGGGGCUCGUGGGGCGAACAAACCGGCGUGCCGGGCCCCAAGCCCCCCGCGCAGGGUCCGGGGCCCGGGGGGCAGAUGACCCCGCAGCAGCUUAAUGGAGACGACCCCACUGCUGCGAUGCAGCGGCAAGUUCACAAUCACCUUAUACAACAAGUUUUUCAACAGGGCAAGGCUGGCUUAGUCGGCCACAACAACCCGUUAGGUUUGGGUAGUUUAGGCAGCAAGAGUCCAAAUUUACAGUCUCCUCCCAAUGUCUCCGUGUCCAAGGACAUGAUGGGUGGCAUGCACCCACAACUAAUGCCAAAUACAAGUCAUCCAAAUCAACUACAUUCGACUAUGCCGAUGAACUCCAUUCAAGGUGGCAUGGUGGCAAAUGUAGGAGGCAAUAUGAUAGUGACUAAUAGUAAUAUGACCGGUGCUGGGAUGCUCGGGAGCGGCAUCAUCAACAACGUGAACAAGCAGCUCCCGCUCAUGGGCAACAACCACCACGGGCCGCAGCACCAUCCGCACGCACAGUAUCGUUCGGUACAGGCGAUGGGCAACGGGCCGCUAGGCGGGCGCGUGAACGCGCUCGCGCCGGCGAUGCGCGGCGCGCUGCCGCACCACGCGCGCAUGUCGGCGCCGAGCGGCGGGCACCCCAUCGCGCCCUACCACCCCGCGUACGGCACCUCGCCCGGCGCCGGCGGCGUGCAGCCGCAGCGGCCGCAGGGGCUGCGCUUCGGCGCGCCCGAGCAGCAGGGCGGCCAGGCGCCGCAGGCCGUGCCGCCCGCGCCCAGCCCGCAGACCCCCGGCGCGCCCGCCGGCGGGCAGAGCCAGCCGCAGGCUGCCACACAAGGAGCGGCGCCGCCCGGUCCCGGCGGCCCGCAACAGGCGCCCUCGGGCUCCAUCGCCGACCCGGAGAAGCGCAAGCUCAUCCAGCAACAACUGGUGCUGCUGCUGCACGCGCAUAAGUGCCAGCGGCGGGAGUCGCAGAACAACGGCGAGAUCUGGCAGUGCACGCUGCCCCACUGCAAGACCAUGAAGGGCGUGCUCAACCAUAUGAUGUCCUGUCAGGUGAGUGAGUACUGGUGCCGGGAGUCGCAGAACAACGGCGAGAUUUGGCAGUGCACGCUGCCCCACUGCAAGACCAUGAAGGGCGUGCUCAACCAUAUGAUGUCCUGUCAGGUGAGUGAGUACUGGUGCCGGGAGUCGCAGAACAACGGCAAGAUCUGGCAGGCGUGCGUGCUCAACCAUAUGAUGUCCUGUCAGGUGAGUGAGUACUGGUGCCGGGAGUCGCAGAACAACGGCGAGAUCUGGCAGUGCACGCUGCCCCACUGCAAGACCAUGAAGGGCGUGCUCAACCAUAUGAUGUCCUGUCAGGCUGGCAAGAACUGUGCAGUGCCUCAUUGUUCAUCAUCUCGACAAAUCAUAAACCAUUGGAAACAUUGCAAUAAGAAUGACUGCCCUGUCUGCCUGCCCCUCAAACAGGCGGACCGGACUAGAAAUAAUACACAAAUAAAUGCAGCCGCCGGAGCGCCUCAUGCAGGGGUAGCGCCGGCGGGCGUCGCGGGCGUGGCGGGCGUGACGGCGCCCGCGGGAGUGGGCGGGGUGGCGAGCGCGGGCGUGGGCGUGGGCAGCGUGGGCGUGGGCGGCGUGGGCGCGCAGCCCGUGCAGCCGGCGCCGGACAUGAAGCGCGCGUACGAGGCGCUGGGCAUCGCGUGCCCCACCAGCGUGGGCAUGUUCCCGCGCGCGCGCCUGCCCGGCGUGGGCCCGCGCCCGCCGCUCACCGACGUGCAGCCCUCGCAGGGGCCCAUGCAGCCGCUCUUCCAGCACAACAUGCCCGACUCCAUGCAGCACCAGCAGCUGGUCACCAGUAUGGGGGCUGGCACAAUCCAACUCCCCGGCGGGCCCGUCACCGCCAACCCCGUCUCUGGCACGAAGGAGUGGCACCAGUCUAUAACAGCCGAUCUCAGAAACCAUCUUGUUCAUAAACUGGUGCAAGCUAUCUUCCCAACCCCAGACCCCACAGCAAUGUUAGAUAAGAGAAUGCACAACCUAGUAGCGUACGCGCGGAAGGUCGAAGGCGACAUGUACGAGAUGGCCAGCACGCGCUCUGAGUACUACCACCUGCUGGCCGAGAAGAUAUACAAGAUACAGAAGGAGCUAGAAGAGAAGAGACAGAAGCGGAAGGAGCAGCAGCUGCAGGCGCAGCAGCAGGGGCUGCAGCAGCCCGGCAUGCCUCCCGGUGGCAAGGUGAUGGCAGGCGCGCGGCCCGUGGGCCCCGGCGGGCCGGGAGGGGUGGGGGUGGGGGUGGGCGUGGCCGGGCAGGCGGCAGGCGUGGGCGCCGGCAUGCCGCGCGCGGGCGCGCCGCUCGGCAUGCGCAUCCCCUCGCCCGGCAUGGGCGGCCUGCUCGCCGGCGGCCGCAUGACGUUCCCCGCCGCGCCGCCCGGCCCGUCGCCCGGCCUGCCGCCCACGCCCAACGGCGCGCAGCCCGGCAUGUCGCCCUUCCAGGCCAUGGCCUCGCCCGCGCCCGCGCCGCCGCCGCAGCCCGCCGUCGCGCAGCAGCCGCAGUACGCGCCGCUGCAGACCAACGGGCCCGCCUCCGUCUCCGACCCCUCACAGCAGCAGGCGAUGCAACAAGACCAAGCUAAGAUGCGGCUAUCGGGCGGGCCGGCCGCGAGUCCCUUCAUGAACCACACGUUCGGGCGAGCGUCCCCCUCGCCGGGCCCGGGCGGGCCGGGCGCGGGCGCGCCGCCCCCGCCACGCCCGCCACGCCCGCGCCGCCCUCGCCCGCGCCCGCGCCCUCGCCGCCGCCCGAGCCCGCGCCGCCCGCGCCCGCGCCUGACGUGCGCGUCAAGGACGAGCCGCUGGACCCCGACCAAGGCGGCAAGUCCAUGCACGACGAGCCCGCCGACUCCGCCGCCGCGCACUCGCAGCCCACCAACGACAGCUUCGCCGCCGUCAAGCAGGAGAUCAAGACCGAGAUUAAGACGGAGGUCAAAGAGGUUAGAGCCCGUGGAAGCCACGAGUAGCGGCGAACCGGCUAGCGGUCCGAAGCGCAUAUUCGUGUUCAAACCCGAGGACCUGCGCCAAGCCCUCAUGCCCACCCUAGAGAAACUGUUCCGCCUCGACGAGUCCGCGCCGUUCCGCCAGCCAGUGGACGCGCAAGCGCUCGGCAUCCCGGACUACUUCGACAUCGUCACCAAGCCUAUAGACCUGUCUACCAUCAAGAUGAAACUCGACCGCGGCGAGUACAAGGACCCGUGGGAGUACGUCGACGACGUAUGGCUCAUGUUCGACAACGCGUGGCUUUAUAAUAGGAAGAAUUCUAGGGUCUACAGAUAUUGUACAAAGCUGUCAGAAGUGUUCGAGCAAGAGAUAGACCCUGUGAUGCAGAGCCUCGGCUACUGCUGCGGGCGGAAGUACACGUUCAACCCGCAGGUGCUGUGCUGCUACGGCAAGCAGCUCUGCACCAUCCCUAGGGACGCUAAAUACUUCAGCUACCAGAACAGAUACACCUUCUGCCAGAAAUGCUUCAACGACAUCCAGGGCGACACCGUCACGCUCGGCGACGAUCCUAUGCAGACGCAAACCGCGAUCAAGAAGGACCAGUUCAAAGAGAUGAAGAACGACCACCUAGAACAAGAGCCAUUCGUCGUGUGCAUGGACUGCGGUCGCAAGCAGCACCAGAUCUGCGUGCUGCACCACGACUCCAUCUGGCCCCAGGGCUUCUGCUGUGAUAACUGCCUCAAGAAGAAGGGGGCGAAGAGAAAAGAUAACAAGUUCUGCGCGAAGAGGCUGCCCUCGUCCAAGCUCGGACAGUAUAUAGAGACUAGAGUCAACAACUUCCUUAAGAAGAAAGAGGCUGGGUCCGGCGAGGUGCAUAUCAGGGUGGUCGCGUCCUCGGAUAAGAUGGUGGAAGUGAAGCCGGGCAUGCGCUCGCGGUUCGUGGACUCGGGCGAGCUGUGCGCGGAGUUCCCGUACCGGGCUAAAGCAUUGUUCGCAUUUGAGGAGGUCGACGGCGUCGACGUCUGUUUCUUUGGCAUGCAUGUCCAGGAAUACGGGAGCGAAAGUCCAUCACCAAACACGAGGCGUGUUUACAUAGCAUAUCUAGACUCGGUACACUUCUUCAACCCGCAGCAAUACCGGACGGCGGUGUACCACGAGAUACUAUUAGGUUACCUAGACUACGCCAAGCAACUGGGCUACACCAUGGCCCACAUCUGGGCCUGUCCGCCCUCGGAGGGCGACGACUACAUUUUCCAUUGCCAUCCGCCUGAACAGAAAAUACCCAAACCCAAAAGACUACAGGAGUGGUACAAGAAAAUGUUAGACAAGGGUAUUAUAGAAAGGAUAAUUUUAGACUACAAGGAUAUUCUUAAGCAAGCUAUGGAGGACAACAUCUCGUCGGCGGCGGAACUGCCGUAUUUCGAGGGGGAUUUCUGGCCCAACGUGCUUGAGGAGUCCAUCAAGGAGCUCGACCAGGAGGAGGAGGAGAAGAGAAAACAGGCUGAAGCCGCUGAGGCAGUGAUAUUCCAGUCGUCGGAGGACAACGAGGCAGGUCCCGACGGCAAGAAGAAGGGCCAGAAGAAAGCGAAGAAGUCGAACAAAUCGAAGGCGGCGCAGAGGAAGAACAGCAAGAAGCAGAGCGACCAGCAGCAGGGCAGCGACCUCAGCGCGAAGAUAUUCGCGACCAUGGAGAAACACAAGGAGGUGUUCUUCGUCAUUAGGCUACAUUCCGCGCAAUCUGCUGCCAGCUUAGCGCCGAUCGGUGACCCCGACCCGCUCGUGAACUGCGAUCUCAUGGACGGGCGCGACGCAUUCCUGACGAUGGCGCGCGACCGCCACUACGAGUUCUCGUCGACGCGGCGCGCGCGCUUCUCCACGCUCUGCAUGCUCUACGAGCUGCACAACCAGGGCCAGGACAAGUUCGUCUACACGUGCAACUCGUGCAAGUCGCACGUCGAGACGCGCUACCACUGCACCGUCUGCGACGACUUCGACCUCUGCGUGCCCUGCCACGAGAAGGAGGGCCACCCGCACCGCAUGGAGAAGCUCGGCCUCGACAUCGACGUCGGCUCCUCGCCGGGCGACAUGAAGCAGGCCAACCCGCAGGAGGCGCGCAAGCUCUCCAUCCAGCGCUGCAUCCAGUCGCUGGUGCACGCGUGCCAGUGCCGCGACGCCAACUGCCGCCUGCCCUCGUGCCAGAAGAUGAAGCGCGUCGUCGCGCACACCAAGAUCUGCAAGCGCAAGACGAAGGGCGACUGCCCGAUCUGCAAGCAGCUUAUCGCGCUGUGCUGCUACCACGCGAAACACUGCCAGGAGACCAAGUGCUCGGUGCCGUUCUGCUCGAGCAUCAAGCAGAAGCUGAAGCAGCAGCAGGUGCAGCAGCGCGUGCAGCAGCAGCAGCUGCUGCGGCGGCGCAUGGCGGCCAUGAACACGCGCGGCAUGCCCGCGGCCGGGCCCAGCCCGCCGCCGCAGCCGCAGCUCGGCUCGCCGCCGCCCUCCAAGCCCGCGCCGCACGCGCUGCCCCACAACGUGCAGAAGGCGCUCCAGCAGGUGCAGGAAGAGGCGGCGCGGCAGCAGGCGCCGUCGUACGGCAAGCAGGCGGCGCACGGCGCGGCGCGGGGAGGAGGCGGCGCGGGCGCGGGGGGCGGCGCGAGCGCGGAGUGGGCGGCGCGCUACCGCGCCGGCGCGCCGCCCCCGCUGCACCACCCGCUGCACCCGCGCCACCACCACCCCGCCGUGCACCACCACCCCGCCGCGCUGCAGCAGCACAACCCGCACCUCGCCUCGCUGCCGCUGCAGCACCACACGCCGCUGCAGCAACAAACGCAACAGCAGCAACAACAGCAAGCGCAGCAACAACAAGUCCAACAGCAGCAACAGGUCCAAGUGCAGCAAGCGCAGGCGACGCGCGUGGGCGGCGUGGCGGCGGGCGCGGCGCCGCCGAUGCACCAGAAGGCGCUGCAGCAGCUCAUGGCCACGCUGCGCUCGCCCACCAGCCACAACCAGCAGCAGGAGAUCCUGCAGAUACUCAAGUCCAACCCGCCACUCAUGGCCGCCUUCAUCAAACAGCGACAGAACGCCCAGAACCAACAAGCGGCCGGCAACGUGGGCGGCGUGGGCAACGUGAGCGGCGUCGGCGUCGGCGUGGGCGGCAGCGUCGGCGGCGUGGGGUCGCUCGGCGUGGGCGCGCAGCAGCCGCUGCAGCACAUGAUGCAGCAGCCGCGCAUGCAGCCCAUGCACCAGAUGCUGCCGCAGCAGACGCAGGUGGGCGUGGGCGUGGGCAUGGGCCCGGCCGCCAUGCCGCACGGCGCGGGCUGGCUGCGCGCGGGGGUGGCGGCGCCGGGAGCCGUGGCCGGCGCCGGGGCCGGGCCCGGGCCGCGGCCGUACGGCGUGCGGCACGGCGCGCGGUACUUCAGCCCGGGCGCGCUGCCGCGCUCGCCGCCCGCGUCGUCGCCGCGGCCGGCGGGCGAGCUGCUGCUGCUGCGACAGUCGCCGGCGCCGCCGCAGCCGCACCCGCCGGACGACCAGCUGCCGCCGAUGACGCCGCAGGACCAGCUGACCAAGUUCGUGGAACAGUUGUAGUGUACAUAGUGCCCGGCCCCGGCCCCGCGCCCUGUAAAUAUAGACCGCCCGGCGCCCGAGCCCGAGCCCGAGCCCGACCCGCCCUAUUUAUUUACGAUGAAAUUAUCGUUAGCGACGACUAAAUUAAGUAUUAUGAACGAAUCGAGCGCUCAAUGUACAAAUUGUAAAUAUGAGAGGAGUACACGUGUCCGCUUCUAAUUAAUGUAAGUUGUUCGUAGUGUAGGUACAUUAUGAUACUUAUUCUGUUUAUUGUAAUUAAAUCAUUUUAUAAUAUAAUUAUGUGAUCAUUAUAAA